AUGGAGCGCCUUGGCAACCAGAUCUACGAGCCACGGUCGGCUGAAACGCGCACGCUUGCGUGCACACGCUCCAUGAAGAAACCCAACUCCAUCCCGGUCAUCAAUAUUCGCAGUCGAGCUCGCGCGAUGGGUGUGUUCGAUGGUGUGCUCUGGCUCGUGGCUCUGUCGCUCGUCGUUUCGAGUGCAAUCUGGACCAAGACGACUGGAGCACUGCCGGCGUUGGUUGGACUUGAGCAACCAAAGCAGGUUGAGCAGGUGCAGACUCCAGUUGUGGAGAUUACCGAAGCAGCGGCUGUUGAAACUCCAAUCGUCGAAGUCGUUGAACCCCAGCGGGUUCAGAGCGAAGAACUCGUCGAGGAAGAAAUCAUUGAUCCGACGUAUCGAUACUUCGAUGGCAAGCUGGUGCGUCCUGCUCGCGUCAUCUAUAUGACUGUGACGGGAUACUCUCCAGAUGCACGCUCGUGUGGUGAGUUUGCGGAUGGGAAGACCGCGAUCAUGAAAUCGGUCUGGACCAAUGGCAUGAAACUUGUCGCUGCGGAUCCGAAGGUGCUUCCAUACUGGUCGAUGGUUUCGGUUCCUGGAUACGCGGGAUCUGAGAUCGUCCCGGUGCUUGACUGCGGCGGAGCGAUCAAGGGCAAUCGCCUCGAUCUGCUCUAUCCGACUCACAACAUGGCGCGUCAAUGGGGUGUGCGUCAGGACGAAAUCGCUGUCCUAGAGUGCGUCCGCAUGAUGUUUUCGCUCAAUACCAACUCCAUCCGUACUGUCCUGAAACGAAAGGGAGCGCGUGCGAUCUCGCCUGCAGAUCUUCCGAAGUACACGAUGGAUCAGUUCGGAUUGCGUGCGAUCAACUUCUCAACGGAUCAACUCGCGGGACUCACUCCAAAAGACCUUGAGAAGAUCCGCGACACAGGAGAUCGUGUCGGAUGUUCGUGUUUGCUGCUCAGUCAGUCUGAGCCGCUCCCGCUUGGUGAAGUCAAGGGUGAUGUCGCACUUGAAGCGGUAGAACGAAUGACGCGGGUCGUCAAGGCGGCGUCACUGAUGGGUUGCAAUGCGGUUUCGGUCGGGAUCAAGUCCAAGGAUUCUGAUGAGGCGUUUGAACAAGCGGUUGAGAGUAUGAAGCAUGUGCUGCAAGCCGCGGAUCGUGCUGAGAUCAAUGUGCUCAUUGCGCCAACAGCUGGAUUGACUGAAGACACGGAACGCUUGACUGAUUUGCUCAAAGGGAUUGGUGGUUUCCGGAUUGGAACGAUGCCUGACUUUGAUACUGCUGCAAAGACCGGUGAUGGGGUGUCGUACCUGAAGAAACUCACGCCGUAUGCAUCUGUGGUCAAUGCUUCGACAUUGGGGUUCACGAUCCCAGAAUCGGAAUCUGGAUCGAAGAAGGCUGAAGAAGAGGACGAAGCGGAUGAGGGGCUGAGCGGCUUGGAUGCACUCGCGGCUGAGCUCGAAGGGAUGCUGAUGGAGGAUGAUCCGGUCCCUGUCCAUGAGGGAUACGACCUUCCUCAACUGGUCGGAGCGAUCGCGGCGGUGGGCUUCGAUGGGACGAUCUCGAUCGAUUAUCAGGGGGAUGGGGACGAAACACUCGGCGUAAUGCACACCAAAGAAGCGAUUGAAGAGGCGCUCGCUGCACUCAAGGAGUAA